AUGCUCACACUCAGAGAGCAGCCGUCCUCCUGUGGACUCACCACCUGCAGAGGUGGUCUCUCUCGAGGCCCAAGCAGAGGAGAAGGACCACACAGAGUCAGGGUCCUCAUAGAUCGAGAUGAAGGCUCUGACCAGCCCCGGCCAAGUCCAAGACCUCACAGGGAGGUGGUUUGUCCAUGCCACAAGCACAGACUCGUGUGUGUUGAGACGCACUCUGCAGACUCUGAUCAAUCCCAGCCUCAUGAUGGACGUCACCAAAGACACAAAGCAGUAUCAGGCUGCAUGAAGUACAAGACAAUGUCAUAUUGUGAAAAGGUCGUGAUCUCACUCACUCCUCUGAAAGGACUGCUGACCUCAGAUGAUGGAGAGGAAACGUACCAAUCGCUUCACAGCAGCUGCUCCGACUGCCUAGUAAUCAGGUUGGACUUUUCCAACACCACCACAAUGCUGUUCUUCUCCAGUCGCAGGAAGAGUGUGGAACCAGCAGAAGUACUGGAGUUUGAGACACAGGCCUCGUGUCUGCAUCUGCCCCGACCUGAGCGCUUGGGCUCUGACUUUGAUUUAACAAACUGUAAAGACUUAGACGCUGAUGCGACAGAAGAGGAGGUGGCUUUGCUCCAGGAGCGGCUCCGGGCCUGGACCCUGGAACUCCUCAAGUGUUGGGUGGACUAUGUUUCCUCCUGGUUUUAA